CUUAGUCUAACUAUAGAAAGCUUCACGCCGUGAAAGUUAUCUCAUCGCCGUUUCUUCUUCGUGUUCGUUCUCUCUCCCUUGAAGUUGGCGUGAUCGUCUUCUUUGGGUAAAUUGAGUCUCAAUAGCAUCAUUCAGACAUGCAGCAAUCACGAGCGAGACUGUUCAAGGAAUACAAAGAGGUUCAGCGAGAGAAAGUAGCUGAUCCUGAUAUCCAAUUGGUGUGUGAUGAUACCAACAUUUUCAAAUGGACUGCACUUAUCAAGGGACCGUCCGAGACUCCUUAUGAAGGCGGAGUGUUUCAGCUUGCAUUUGCUGUUCCUGAACCGUAUCCUCUGCAGCCUCCUCAAGUGCGGUUCUUGACCAAAAUAUUCCAUCCCAAUGUGCAUUUCAAGACUGGAGAAAUAUGUCUUGACAUAUUGAAGAACGCGUGGAGCCCUGCGUGGACGCUUCAGUCUGUGUGUAGAGCGAUCAUAGCGUUGAUGGCUCAUCCUGAGGCGGACAGUCCUCUCAACUGCGACUCAGGUAACCUUCUAAGAUCUGGAGAUGUGAGAGGGUUCAAUUCAAUGGCACGCAUGUACACACGCCUCGCCGCUAUGCCUAAGAAAGGAUGAUCCUCUCUUGCUUUCCUUUUCUUAUGUCAUCGGGUUAUGACUCGUUUUCUUUGGAUAUGUAAUGGAAAAUAAUUUGGGAAAAUGAAUACAUUAUUAACAAUUCAUAUGUAAGGUAACAAUUUUAUUCAACUAGACACAAGUUACUCAAAAUCUUCGAACCAA